AGAAUCACUGUUUUAGUGUCUCAUGAACUCCACUGUGUCUUGUAUACAAGUCUGGAUGAAGGUAAAGUUGGAUUUCUGCAGGGACAGAGACUUGCUGUAAGUCUCAAAGGCAAAUAUCAACAUUGAGAAGCUCACUUUUGAAAGAGUAUUUUCAGCUAACGUUUAUGCUUCUCACAAAUAGAGUUUGAAACAGCCGAGACACUUCUAAAUUCAGAAGUUCACAUGCUUCUGGAACAUCGAAAGCAACAGAAUGAGAGUGCAGAGGACGAACAGGAACUUUCUGAGGUCUUCAUGAAAACUUUAAACUACACAGCUCGUUUCAGUCGUUUCAAAAACAGAGAGACCAUUGCCAGUGUCCGUAGCUUGUUGCUCCAGAAAAAGCUUCAUAAGUUUGAAUUGGCCUGUUUGGCCAACCUUUGUCCAGAGACUGCUGAGGAGUCCAAGGCUCUGAUCCCAAGUCUGGAGGGGCGAUUUGAGGACGAGGAGCUGCAGCAGAUCCUCGAUGACAUCCAGACCAAGCGCAGCUUCCAGUAUUAACCUCCAGCUUCACUGCUGCUGAGGGAGCCUCAGCGUGGCACCAGUCUCCCGGGACCUGAAACUCUAUCCCAGAAGACACUGGGGCCACUGGGGACAGCAACUCCGCUGGGUCUUGGUUUGGGUUGCUGUUUCAGACUUGGCUGUUAGAUCUUUGACGACCACAG